UGCAUGCAAAGCUGGCCAGGGUUUACAAGUCAUAGAACUCUGGUCAGACGUGGUGCGAUGAGAUACACAUUGCAAUUUUUACCAUGAAUUUCAAACGGCUAAUUCGACAAAACAGCAAUGAUAAUUACAUUUUGCAAAACAAUCUGAGGAGGAAAACUGGACCAUGCUUUAACAAUACAGUCGACAGCGAAACAGACAAUAAACGUCUUCAGAAGGUUGUAGCAACGCUAGGGACACUGCCAAGAGGUCGUAAGCAGGUUGCACGAUCAAACUCUUUGGUGGAUUAUACAGACUCUCAAAGGACAGCCAUUAUAAUGGAAAAGCAAGACAAUGAGACAUACGGAUUUGAAAUUCAGACUUAUGGUUUACAACACCAAAAUACCAACACUUUGGAAAUGUGCACGUUUGUUUGUAAAGUGCAAGAAGACAGCCCUGCUGAGAAUGCAGGUCUAACACCUGGUGAUGUUAUAGUGGCCGUCAAUGGCAUCAGCACUGAAGGUUUCAGCCACCAGCACAUCGUUGACCUAAUUAAAACUUCAGCCAGCUGUUUAAGACUGGAGACGAUAAAUGGAACAGCUGUGAAAAGGAUUGAGCUUGAAACAAAGCUGAAGUUCCUCAAGAAAACUCUAAGAGAGAAAUGGGUGGAGCUCCAAUCUCUUCUAUUACAGGAACAGCGCCUAGCUCAUGGUAAUUUGAAUGAAUGUAGCCCUCACAGCUCCCUUGACUCUCCAAUGUCUCCCAUGUCUCCUGGGGCCGACAGUCUUGCCUUCUCACCCAUGUUGCGGUGCAAGUACAGAUUCUCCAGUGGCAGCAGCUGUAAGAGCCAACUGAGUAUCACAACAGAAGACAGCGAAGACACCUUCUACCAGGCCAGUGUGUUUGAGGACUCAAAUCCCAUGAGUCCCUAUAGACGGGUUAGCAUGGAUGACGAGUGUUUCUUCUCAAGAGACUGCAGCACAGUAGGGUUGAAGGCCUCCGUGAACAGAACCAGGAGCAUCAGCCUGGCCAGCAGUGGGUCUAUCUCUCCUUCCUGGGAUGUGACAGGAAGCUCCAGUCUAUUUGGGACACUACCGAGAAAAAAACAGGGGAGUGUCCGGAAACGAUUUAUGAAAUUUAUCCCAGGUCUGAACCGCCCAGUUGUGGAAGAAGAGAUCCAUCAAUCAACAUAGAAUAGAUGUUUGUAAAUUAAUAUUGUAUUACUUUUAAAGAGUAGCAGCACAAGAGCAUUACUGACAAAAGCAUUAACAUGGCAUCUUAAACAUGCUGUAAAAAAUACAGUACAGGUGGUUAUUACGUGUUGGAAACACCAUAGCUGAAAUAAACUCCAAAUGCACCAUAGCUUUUCCUAGUAACAAAAAAGUGUUGGGUUCUCUUUGAGAAUAGUGAGGGCCUGGAAAUCAGAAAUGCAGGUAAAAAGACACAGUAAAGGAAUUCAAAAGGAGUAGAGUUCAGUGUACAGAAGAUGUAGCAUUUCCUUUAAAUACAAACAUACCUUCUUUCAAAUAAUAACUAGUCUUCAGCAGGGUGUUCUUCAUGCCUUUUUUACUUAUUUAUCACAACACAUUACACAACUAUAUUAGAACUGUGAGUCCCAAAGAUUGAUUAGAAAAAUUCAUGAAUGAAUAACUUUAUAAAAUGAUUUACAUUGCAAGUGACAUGAAAAAUACACUCUGUGAUAAUAAAUAUAAGAAAUCACUCAGACUGGGAAUUGAGAAACAGAAUAAAAAGGUCGUAUAAGACAUAGUGAAUAGUAAUAUUAAACAUCCGAAAUUCUUCUUACUUUAGCAAUCAGUAUUACAUGUGUAAUUUAAGGGAAUAAACUGAAGUGAAACAUCCCUCCUCUAAAAAAAACUAAUGGGUAUGGAGUAAUACAAACAAUAGAAUGCUUAUAUAUUUUUGUACUGCAUACUUUGUUAUUCUUAUUGAACUGCUGUGUUUAAACAUUAUGUAAUUUGAAAAAGUUAUUGUGUUAUGUGGUAGUUUACAAUUUCAUUCCUGUGGAUAAAAACAGAAUAUUUUUUGCAUUUUUAGGAAAAAUAAGGAAGUCUAGCACUGAAUUUUAAGUGUUGUAAAUAACAAAGUGAAUUUUAGCUUGCCAUAAGAAUGCUGAGUAAUACAUAAGAAUUCUAAAAUGAGGUAUCAAAUGAAAUACAUAUAUAUAUAUAGUCAUUAAACCUAAUCAGGUUUUCAUAUAUUUUGUAUUAAAAUAUAUAUUUCAGAAAUAUACAGUGUCAUAUAUUACAGACACUGGAAAUGAAAAGUAUAUAAAACAGGAGACUAGAAGCAGUUUUUAUACCCAGCAUUGUGGGAGUGUGGAAAAAGUAACCCAGUUUUGCUGUUGAAUGUGAUACUGUAGCUCAUUUCUAGAAAUGCCUGGAUGAGAUCCUUGGCUCAAAUAACUUCUUGCAACCAAAUGAGCUAGACAGGCCAUAGGGCCCCCUCUUGUUUGUAACCUUUCUUAUGUCCCUAACCUGAUUAAAUUUAAGGGUCAGCAAGAGUUGCACAGCGACUCUUUUGUGUGGCACACCAUUCCCCGUUCAUGCUUAUUUUGAAGCCAGUCCGGGUACUCGUGUGAGGAUAGCUGCGAUCUAGUACCGAGUAAUUGCUCUGAGGGCUAUACCUCUGCAGAAGAUUAUCUGAGUACUGAACCACACAGUCUGUGAAAUGAUUAAAAACAGGAUGUGGGUGCACGAACGUGCUUGACAACUUUUUUUUUUUCACCUUUUUCCUAAACUAACAUGUGCUUUCUUUCAUCUUCAAACAGUAUGUUACUAGAAUGUUUCUUGUUUCUCUUGUGUUAUAUUUGUAUAGUUUGCACAAACCUAUCAGUGAAUGUUUCUUUUUAUAUAUAUACAAGUAAAUAUGAUAUUAACUUUUUUUGCUUGUUGUGAAUUUAAUUUUCAGUUGCUUGUUGGUAUCUACCUCUGCCUUUCUGCAGCACACAUCUUAUGUUUUUACACAAUAACUAUAAAAUAUAUUCAAAUGCCACAAAAAAUCGUGCACAAUAACAGAGGACAAAAUUAUUUGCACAUUAUGUCUGUGACCAUGUAAUUAAAAAGUAAAUAAUAUAA